AUGGGCCCGGGGCGUCGUGUACGCAGCGAGUACAUGAAGCGUUUCCAGGCCCCGCCGUGGGAGGCCUGCGGGCCCCGCUACCGGGAGCUGCUCCGCUACCGGCGGGCCCGGAGGCUGCUGGAGCAGGCCCACUGGCCCUGGCCCGCCGCGGGACCCCCGGAGCCUCCCCCGGGACCCCGAGGACCCGAACCCCAACCCAAAGAGUCUCUGGAACCGGGUGAGCAGCGCCAGUCUGAGGAGCCAGCCGAGAAGAAUGAAGUCGACAAGCAGAUGGGUCCCAGGGGAGCCCCCCGCCGCCCCAGUGCCUUGCCCGACCGAGGGGACCAGAAGCCUCCGGGCAGCCCCCAGAGAGCCGCCAGGGUCAGAGAGAACAAGCACCCUUUCGCUCUAUACGGCUGGGGAGAAAAGCAGACUGACACGGGGGCUCAGAAGACACACAACGUCUGCGCUUCGGCCUCCACCCGCGAGAUUCAUGCUUCGGCAAUCCGAGCAAAGAACCGAAAUCAGGCGGAGAAGAGGAAAAUGGGCAACGAGCGGCAGCGAAACCCUGCGGAGGACGGGGAGAAGCCCAGGAGGGCGAAGCCGCCGUCGGCCGAGAGCCCCUGGGUGACCGAGUACAUGCGCUGCUACUCUGCUCGAGUGCGGUGAUGGGCCGGGAGCGGGGCCAGCCUUGCGGGUUUUCCGGGGGCUCCGCAGGGUCGCCCAGGGGCAGGUGGUCCAAGGGCAGGUCGCUCGGCCUAGGUCCGGCUCGCUGGUUUGGCCGGCCCAAGCUGUGCGCUUGAGGCUGGUCCGGAGGGCUGCCCUCAACCUCGGCGGCUCGGCCUGCCGAGAAGAAGUCGAGGCCACCGGCCGGCCUUUUGGGCUGGCCUUCCGGGACCCCGCAGAGGCUAGCUGGCGCCAGGCCAUCGGAGAUCCUUAGGUAGGCUGGAUCCUGCCGCGGGCCACUCCCUGUCCCUCAGCAGGAGCUGCGUCUGUGGCGUGCCGGAGGUACUGGGACGGGGAAAACUGCUCUCCGUCCAGCGCGUUGCAUGGUUCGGGGGGUGGGCAGUGUGCCCUGCGCUGCAUCGUCAGGGGUGGGGUGGCGUCCACCUGUAU